UGGGCGGAGCCUCAGCUUCGGCGAGCGUCGGUCUGCGGGAGGAGCUCCACAGAACAAACCGACACACAAGCGGAGUGGAAAAUGUGAACGGAAGAAUCGGGUUUGGGAAUAACGACAGAAAACCGUCACAAGAGUGUUUCUCUGUGGACGAGAUAUGAUAUCUGAGAGAACAGACGCGCUGGAGGGUGUUUCAUCAGUCCGCUAAGGCCGCAUUAUGACAACACUGUGAUCUCAGAGACAUUUGAUGGAGACCUCGCUGUGUAGGGUGUGAGGAUUCAACCUCAGGGUCCAGUUCUGCAGUCCACUGGUCCUCUGUGUUUGUCGAAGGGAGGAACAGUCACUCAGACUCAUCGUGAUGAUGAACGGGUGUCUAUGCGGAUGCCCUCUCAGGGUUUGAGCAUGCCCAGUAACGUCUGAGCGCUGCUUUUGACCCGCAGGACACACAUCAUGGCCCAGACCAGCCUGCUGCAGGGCAAACGCUUCUACUGCCGCGAGUGGGUCUUCCACAAGAUCCAGCACUGCCUUCAGGAGAAAACCAGUAACCUCAGCGCCCCGGGAACCGCAGAGCCGCUCAACCCCGUCAGCGGAGCGGGGAAGGGCAGCUCGUGGGGGGUCCUGCUGGUCGGCGGUCCCGGAAGCGGGAAGACUGCUCUGUGUACGGAGUUACUGUGGCCCAGUUCGGUUCAUGGCGUCCACCGAGGCCUGCACCAGCACUGUCUGGGCUUCCACUUCUCCCGGGCCGAGGACUCGGACACGCUGUGCGUGAGCGGCUUCGUCCGUGGUCUGGUGUCUCAGAUACGCCGGUCAGGACUGGUGCCAGAAUACGAGGAGAAAGUGAGAGAGCCGGCGGUCCAGAGCGCACUGCAGCCGGGAGAGUGCGAGAGAAACCCAGCUGAGACGUUCAAGAGGUGUGUGUUGCUGCCGCUGCUGGGCUGCAAGGCUCCGUCUCAGGCUCUGUUUGUGCUGGUGGACUCAGUGGACGAGGGCUGUUUGACCGGAGACAGAGAUCAGAGGUCAGCAAACAUCGCCGAGCUGCUGGCCGCCCAUCACGAGCUCUUCCCGCCCUGGCUGCUGCUCGUCUGCUCGGCACGCCGGCAGAACAAACACAUCACCAAACUCUUCACAGGAUUCAGAAAGAUCAGCUUAGACGACCUACGGAAGGCCUACAUCGUAAAAGAUGUGCAGCAAUAUAUCCUCCACCGCCUAGACCAGGAGGAGGCCCUACGGCAACACCUCACCAAGGAGACAGCAGAGAUGCUGAACCAGCUUCACAUCAAGAGCAGUGGCUGCUUCCUAUACCUUGAGCGAGUUCUUGAUGGAGUGGUUGAGAACUUCAUCAUGCUGCGGGAAAUCCGAGACAUCCCAGGGACACUGAAUGGACUCUACCUUUGGCUUUGCCAGAGACUGUUUGUCAGAAAGCAGUUUGCCAAAGUCCAGCCAAUCCUAAAUGUGAUUCUGGCUGCCUGCAGGCCGCUGACUGUCAGGGAGCUCUAUCAUGCAGUCUGGACUAAAAACAUGACUUUGACAAUGGAGGACUUUCAGAAGAAAAUGGACAUUCUCUCCAAGUUGCUUAUUGAUGGACUUGGCAGUACUAAGAUCUUAUUUCACUACAGCUUUGCUGAAUGGCUCCUGGACGUUAAACACUGCACACAAAAAUACCUUUGCAAUGCAGCAGAAGGACACCGAAUGAUGGCCAUGAGUUACACUUGCAGAGCAAAACAACUUAAACCUCUGGAGGUGCAGGAGUUUGCCUUUCACCUGAUCAACUCGAACCUGCAGAUCGAGCCCUUUAAUCUCGCCCUUUGGAUGGUGUGGAAUGGCACCCCUGCUAAAGACUCCCUGUCCACUUCAAUCCCAAAAGAACAGGAGGUACUCCAACUACUAGUCAAAGCUGGGGCACACGUCAGCAACGAAGAUGACCACGCUUCGUGCAUUUUGCAACAGGCCUUGGAACGCGAGGACUCUAUUCGAACUCUUCUAGAUAAUGGCGCUUCUGUUAAUCAAACUGACUCCAGCGGGAGAACUCUUUUAGCCAAUGCUGCCUACAGUGGAAAUCUGGAUGUUGUGAACCUUCUCAUCUCCAGGAGAGCCGACAUGGAGUUGGCGGACAACCAUGGGCAGACAGCACUUACUCUGGCAGCUAGACAAGGCCACACCAAGGUGGUCAACUGUCUCAUCGGGUGUGACGCUAACAUCAAUCACACGGACCAUGACGGCUGGACCGCCCUUAGGUCUGCAGCCUGGGGAGGUCACUCGGAAGUUGUGUCUGCGCUCCUGUAUGCAGGUGCUAAAGUGGACUGCGCAGAUGCUGACAGUAGAACUGCCCUGAGAGCUGCUGCUUGGGGAGGUCAUGAAGAUAUUGUCCUCAACCUUCUUCAACAUGGAGCUGAAGUCAACAAGGCGGAUAAUGAAGGACGAACGGCGUUGAUCGCUGCAGCAUACAUGGGCCACAGAGAAAUUGUCGAGCAUCUGUUAGAUCAUGGAGCUGAGGUCAACCAUGAGGAUGUGGAUGGCAGGACGGCGCUCUCCGUCGCUGCUCUUUGUGUGCCAGCCAGCAGCCACGGCGCAGUCGUGAGCCUGCUGAUCGACCGUGGAGCCGAGGUGGACCACUGCGACAAGGACUGCAUGACCCCGCUUCUGGUGGCUGCCUACGAAGGCCAUGUGGAUGUGGUUGAUCUGCUUCUAGAAGGAGGAGCGGAUGUUGAUCACACUGAUAACAAUGGGAGAACACCUUUGCUUGCUGCAGCAUCUAUGGGACAUGCUUCUGUUGUCAACACUCUGCUUUUCUGGGGUGCGGCGGUGGACAGUAUUGACAGUGAAGGCAGGACCGUGCUGAGCAUUGCAUCUGCACAGGGGAACGUGGAGGUCGUCCGAACUCUGCUGGACAGAGGACUGGAUGAAAACCACAGGGAUGAUGCAGGCUGGACACCAUUGCACAUGGCCGCUUUUGAGGGACACAGGCAAGUUUGUGAUGCAAUUAUUGAACAAGGUGCCCGCUGCACAGAGGUUGACAAUGAUGGACGUAUCCCUUUGAUUCUGUCUGCUCAAGAGGGUCAUUACGACUGUGUGCACAUCUUGCUGGAGAACAAGUCGUGUAUUGACCAGAGAGGGUACGAUGGGAGAAACGCUCUCAGAGUUGCAGCGCUCGAAGGACAUCGAGACAUUGUGGAGUUGUUGCUGAGCCAUGGGGCGGAUAUUGACUUCAAAGAUGCAGACGGUCGCCCAACUCUUUACAUCCUGGCACUUGAGAAUCAGCUGGCCAUGGCCGAGUACUUCCUCGAAAAUGGAGCCAAUGUUGAGGCCAGUGAUUUGGAAGGAAGAACGGCCUUGCAUGUGUCAUGCUGGCAAGGCCAUGUAGAGAUGGUCAGGUUGCUAAUCAACUACCAUGCGGAUGUGAACUCAUGUGAUAAUGAGAAACGCUCUGCCCUCCAGUCGGCAGCUUGGCAGGGUCACAUAAAAAUUGUUCAAAUCUUGAUUGACAAUGGCACCGUUGUAGACCACACAUGCAACCAGGGUGCUACAGCUCUGGGCAUCGCUGCUCAAGAGGGGCACAUUGAUGUGGUACAGACUCUUCUAGAGCAUGGUGCAGAUCCAAAUCACGCUGAUCAGUUUGGACGCACUGCCAUGAGAGUGGCAGCCAAGGGUGGUCACACCUCCAUAAUCAAACUCUUGGAGAAAUAUGGCGCCACGAGUCUCAAUGGCUGCAACCCGUCUCCUGUUCACACCAUGGAGCAGCAAACGCCCGCUUCGGUUGCUGGGAAAGUGCAGUCGCUCACUAUAAAGUCCAGCAGCUCUGGAAGCACAGGAGCUGGCGAUAUGCAUUCAGCAGGGCGAGGACAAUCCAACGGACCUGUUCAUGCUUUCAGCUCACCGUCAGAGUCUCCAGACUCAACAGUGGACCGACAGAAGUCCUCCCUCUCCAAUAACUCACUCAAAAGUUCAAAGAACUCUUCGUUGAGGACCACCUCAUCCACUGCAACUGCCCAGACUGUCCCCAUUGACAGCGUCCAUGCCCUAUCUUUUAUUGAACAGAUACAGCAGCAUUCACUGCCUCGCAGUCGCAGUCGUCAAUCCAUCGUUUCUCCCUCCUCCACCACCAGGUCCAUCGGCACUCAGCCUGGCUCUCCAACCAGCGAGUAUGACUGGAGCCAGGUGAAGCCAGGCCUCAAGUCCACCAAAGCAUCCAAGAAUGGCCAAAACUGCUCAAACAAAGGAACAUCUGGUGAGAAGAAGAAGAGCAAGAAUGGCUCUUAUUCACAGAACCAGGUACUUGAGUACGAACUGACUCAGUUUGAUAAAAGGCUUGUGCUCAAUAAGCCAGUGUCCAACAUUGCAGUUAAAGAUCCUCAAUGUAAGAUCAUGGUGGGAAGAUCCAGCACUCUGGAUUCUGUCCAAUCGCAGGAGCAGUUUUAUAUUCAGUCCCAGAGCUGUGCAGAGAAGAAGAGGAACGGUAUUAUGACCAACCCCAACUACCACCUACAGGGAAACCAGGUUUUUCUUGGGAGAGUUUCAGUCCCCAGAACUGUUCCCAGCAGGGGCCACCAGGACCUUCUGGACAAUUACCCAAUAGGGGAGACGGAAUUAAGCCUGAAACAAGCCCUACAGCUCCAGAUUGAAGGAUCGGACUCUGGGUUAAAUUGCAAAAAAGAGACGCCGUUAUAACUGUUUUGAUGCCGUUUCAGGUGUCUUAAUCCUAAUUCGUCAUUCAGAAAGAGACUGUGCCAAAGUGAAUGCUUUCAUCCGCAAAAGAACUGAAACCAUUUUCCACACUUCUCUGUGAAACAUCUCAAGAAGAAAGGAACGUGGGAGAACCGAAGAGGGGUUAUCACCCAACGGUGAUGCAAAUUUAUACUCGUGCCUGUCGAUGCUCCAGCCUUCUUGUGGUGACCAUGAUGCACACAGACGCUUUUAUUUAAUGCAUUAAUAUUUAAUAGGCAGUGGAUGCACUUUCUUCCUUUGUGUUCUUUUUAAAAAAAAAAUCUAAAUUGUAUUUAGUUUUUUUUUUUUUGCCUUUUAAUGCUUUGAUUGUUUAUCAGAGUUUACUUUAAAAAAAGAAAUGUAAAUUUUUCUGUUUAUUUUGACCUGUAUAAGUGCAACUGACAGCAAUGUGCCGCUGGAGUACGUUGUUUCCUCUGACAGAUAUCACAAACUCUUCGUCAUAUUCACAUCUUUAAAUCUCUGAAAGUCUUCAUUAGUUCUUCGGCGCACUCAUAAAAUCACAAAACCAGUCUUAGUUUACUCUUCGCACAUAUUUAUUUCGGAGAAAAAGCCGCUUCCGUGUGUGCUGUAUUUGCUAAAAUCAUGGUGCUAUGUUUUGGCGUUGCCUAUUAUAUAUUUUUAUUAUUAUUUUUAAACCACAAACGUCUUACUCUGCCAUUUUAACUCUAUAUUAUGUUUGUAGCAUUAUUGAUGCCCUUAAAGAAGAGUAACUCUGGCUUUUACAUACUUCAUUAUUUAGUCCCUGUGGGACCUGUCUUUUAUUUGUUUGUUUGUUUGUUUGUUUUCCUCUAUUUACAUAAUUGCAUAUUUAAACAAAUGACGGUGUAUCGUUAACUACAGAGUUUGGUGCUAAAUGCAGAGUUCUCAGCGACUGAAGAAAAUGCAACAAGCCGCGUCCUAGUUUGUGCGGCGGUGAGAAAGCGGCAGGCAACGUCAGGGACUUCUGAUGAUAAGGUCAGCAAAAGGUCAUUGAGCUUUUUACUCAUGCCAAGCAGCAAACCGCAGUAAUAUUUGGAUUUCAGGACAGGGUUUGAAAUGUAUACUCCUCAAGCCAAAGUUAAAACACAAAAAAGCCCACGGUCUUGUGAAGCCGGAUCUCAUGUCUCUGAGCCGUGGCUCUCUGUGGGGGAGGGAGGACGGGGCGGGUGUGGAGUGGAUUUCAGACAUCUGUUUGCUAUGAGAGGAGACGCUCAGUAAGGCCAUAUUGGGUGUAACUGCAUCAGAAAACUUGUCCUCUGAAGAAUUACAGAAAGGCACUUUACUAAGCCUGGGACAAGGACAGACAGAGAAUAAGCCUUUUAAGAUGAAGAUGAACCCUGGACAGUAUUCAGAAAUCUCAAGCCAUCUGUAUUACUGAUGUUUUUUUAUUUUUCUCCUUUGUUCAGCUGUUUUGGUUCUGAGCCUGGAGUUCAUUGCAAGAGAAGUUUGAUUGUAAAUAGCUGACCGUGUACAUUGAAAACUUUCACAUUUUGAAAUUUAAUUUCCUGUAUUAUAUUGAGCUGAAUUUUUCUGACAUUAAAGUGCUUAAUAAACAUA